AAGACAUAAAAAAUAAACUCAUACCUUGCUGCGUUGUCGAAAUUAAACCCAGCUGCAGGAGUUUCGAAGACAUUUGAUAGCGCCAUACUGGACGUGACCACGGCUUCUCUGCGCGUCUCUAUGCGCCUGAGGUCGCUGUUCUGAGCGUCACCGCUCCCUCUUCUCUUUCGAUUUUGGAGUGAAAAUGGAGAAACACUGCACGGACUCACAGGUCAAAGGAGUCAGCACAGGGACCACCAUCCUGGCCGCCACGUUUGAUGGAGGGGUCGUGAUUGGGUCAGAUUCCAGGGCUUCCAUUGGAGGGGAAUAUGUAUCAUCAAAGACCAUCAACAAGGUGAUUCAAGUUCAUGACCAGAUCUUCUGCUGCAUGGCUGGCUCGCUAGCAGAUGCUCAGGCCGUCACCAAGGCUGCAAAGUUCCACUUGUCCUUCCACAGUGUCCAGAUGGAGACCCCUCCACUGGUGAUAGCAGCAGCAUCAGUGCUGAAAGAACUGUGUUACAAAAACAAAGAUGAGCUGCAGGCUGGAUUCAUCACAGCAGGCUGGGACAGGAAGAAAGGACCACAGGUGUACGUCGUGUCUCUAGGUGGAAUGUUAGUUGGCCAGCCGGUUACCAUCGGCGGCUCAGGCAGCACUUACAUCUACGGCUACGUUGAUGCCAAAUACCAACCCAACAUGACCAGAGAGGAAUGCUUACAGUUUGCCACUAAUGCUCUUGCUCUAGCCAUGGGCAGAGACAACGUCAGUGGAGGCGUGGCUCACCUGGUGGUGAUCACGGAAACUGGGGUGGAGCAUGUGGUUGUCCCUGGCAACAAGCUGCCCAAGUUCCAUGAUGAGUGACAGCUUUUGAACUGCCAUUGAAGUUUUGAUCUGAAAUCUCUACACAAUUGUUUCACUAAUCUGCUCUGUAUAAGUCUGGGAUGUAACUAAUUACACACACACACUCACCUCAGUAACAAGUCAGACAUUAAAAAGGGGUUAAUUGCUUGCUAAGAAAAAACCUGUAAAUGGUGUAAAAAAUAUUUUGUCUCUGUAGUGGUAUGAUGUAGACAAGUCUAUAAAAGUGUGAAUGUUGCAGGAAUGAGUCCUAAAACCUGGAAAUUAGUUUGCAUUUUAUUUCUUGGUCUCAAAGUCAAAGGACAAGACUCUGUGAAAAAGAUCUGUGGUUAAUAAAAAUGUAAGAUAUUUUCAUGUUUUUUCCUCCAACAUCAAAUAUGUCAGUUAAUACCCCACUUUUGAAGCCUUAAUGUGUCUUGAAAAAGGUACCAACGAAUGGUUAAAUGGGACUGCGGAGGUGGUACAUUACCAUCUUCUGUUUAGUUGUGGUGACAUUUAAGUCUUGCGACCACCGUAUAGUUCACCUGUAGCCUAAAGUAAGCUUUUUGCUCAUGGCGAUUACAUUUACACUUCAAAAAUCAUAAAAGUGGGGUUGAUUUGUAAUGAUUAUCUUGACUCAACAACACCUUUAAGUAUCACACACUUUUGUGUGCCACAGGUCUUAUAUUCUACUAUAAUCCAAAAUCCAAUAGGUUUUUGUUGAGGACACCAGCUCAAUGUUAACUUUUUUUUGUCAGCAGACCAAACUACAAAAUUCCACUCUCAACUCCAAAAAACAUCAAUGCUAUUUUAAACAAUUCCAUUAUAAAUAAGGUUAUUCUGUUCUUUGUUUUAUCCAGCAUGUUUUGUAUUUUUUUUUUAAUGUGUGGAAAUAUGUGAAAUGAAAAUAAAUAAAAAUGCAAUUUU